AUGCUUACCCCGGCGUCCUUUAGCAAAGUACCCGAGGCCGAGACUCCCAAAGCGAGCAAAACCAAGAAGAUCAGACGCGCACCUCGUCGUGUCCAGCACUCGAUUUCCAUCUCCACCGAGGCCCCGGUGAGCAGCCCAUCCGCUCGGAAAUCCCACUCCGUCUCCCCACCGAUGAUCGGUUGCUAUGCCGGCGGAAAAUCCAUUCCCCUCCCGCCCACCACGUGGAUUGAGGAAUUUUCCUCGGCCUCGUCCUCGACCUCCAACAACACCUCUGAUUCGGAGAAUUCUUCGCCCGAGCCCCAGCCUGCGUUCUUGACCCCGAAGACCUGCCGUCAGAGUGCACGAGCUGAGCUCUCCUCCUCCCCUGCCUCUCUUGGACGUCGCAUGUGCCCCCUGCAGCUGAUCUCCGAGAUCACCGCCGUCUCCAUUGGCAAU